GAAUUAGUAAAAAGAAGUGGGAGAUUGAGGCUAUCAAUAAUCAAAUUCGAUAUUAAUUCUACUCGUUGGUUCAUCACUUUCAGUCCAACUUCGUCUUUGAGACGUACUUCUUCUUGUCAUCUUGUUUUUGUUAUUUUAUAUCCCUACUUAGAGUGAUUAGAAAGUCUCUUGGUUAGAUACAUAAGAGAUACACAGUCGGUUGUUUGAUUUCUCUCGUGUAUUAUUAGUGAACGUUAAGAAAAUCAGAUCUACUUGACGAAACGACUUUUAUGUUCGUUGAUAAAAAUUAUAAAGAUAACAUCAUUAUAUUUCGAUAUAUAUAUUUUUUAUUUAUUUAUUUAUUUGCAUCAUCAAAUAAAUCGUAUAUAGAACAAUAAUGGAAGAAUCUACGUCGUGUUCAAUGAAAGAAAAAGAUAAAUCAAGCAAAGAACUUCGUGACGAAUUUCCCUCCGAGGCUAAAAGUGAAUUUCGCGAGGAAGUUUUAUCAAAUGAAUCAAGUAAAAAAGAAUUUAUGAUAGAUCAAAAUAAACUAAAGUUUGCGCCAUAUUUAAACGUGUAUGGAAAAGAACUGAAGCCCCGAAUGACCAUCGAUGAUGAAUUUAUAGAAAAGGCUCGGAAGGAACUUCGUGAAACACCAGAAGUAGUUGCUGAAGCCCUGAAAACUAUCAGGGAACUAGUAAAAGGAGAUAGCGACUUAAUCAUACCGGAUCAUGAUGAAUUCUUUACGAUAUUUUUACGACCAUGUAAGUGGUAUCCAACUAGUGCGUUUCACUUGAUACAAAGAUAUUAUAAAUUUCGUUUAAAUUACCCGUACAUGACCGAGAACUUAACACCAAUGAAUAUGAAGUAUUGUUUUUGUGCGAAUCUUUUGAUACCUCUUCCGGUAGAAUGUAUUGACGGUAGUAGACUUUUGCUUGUGUACGGUGGAGCAAAAUGGAAACCAAAGGAAUAUAAUCCCUACGACUUAUUAAAAUGCUUAAUGAUUAUGUUGGAAAUUGUUAUUAAGGAACCCGCAACGCAGAUCGCCGGUGUACAAAUUAUCAUCGAUGGGAAAAAUUUACCAUUCAGUCACUUGCCUUACAUCACACCAAAAUUUGCAGCUGUGAUGGCGGAAUGGAUUCAAAGGUGUUUGCCUUGUCGCCUGAAGAAUAUUCAUAUUAUCAAUCAGCCUUUCAUAGCCAAUAUCAUCUUUACUGUCUUCAAACCUUUUUUAUCGGAAAAAUUCUAUAAAAGGAUUCACUUUCACGGGACAAAUAGAGAAAAGCUGAUAAAUAUGAUAGGUAGAAAAGCGUUGCCUAAAGAGUACGGCGGUUUGGAACUGUCUGAAAGUCCUAUGGGUGAAGAUAUCUGGAAUUACUUCUAUCACUGGCAAGAAGAAUCCGAAAAUUCUUUUAAGUACGGAUACAUUAACAAGAAAUGAGAAAAAAUAUUAAUUAAUAUGAACGUUCAUUUUCAUUUUUGUCGUAUCAUUUUAAUGCUACGUAAAAUGUUUUAACGAGAAACGUUCAUCGAAACUAUUUUAUGCAUAUAAUUUCUUUGUUUUUUGUUCUCUCUUUUUUUUUUUUUUUAAUGUUUUAUAUUACAUAACAAUCUUUAAAGUUUGAUCUAUUAAUUAAUUCACUAAUUAUAAAAAGGAAUAUUAAUUUGUAGUCAAAUUAUGAUUUAUAUAUUCUCUUUCGAUAAAAACCUUAUUAUCUGUAAUUUAUCAAAGAAUAAAGAACGACAUUGCAUAUACAGGAAAUAAUAAUUUUUGUGAUAAGCGAUAAACGGACUCGCCGAUUUCUCGCAUUAUCAUAAACUUUGCAAUGGUAAUGGCUAACUGCGGUUUGUACACCAAAAAAAUUAUUGUUGUUAUAUAAAAAGUGAUCUUACAUUUUGAUGAGCGCACAAUCAAAUCGUUUUAUAACGUGAUAUAAACGAAGUGUAACAUUAGUGAAUGAUCUAACAAAAAGGAAAGGUCAGUAUAGAGAGAAUAAAAAAAAAUUAAAAUUAUAAAUAAGACACUUAUUACUCUCUUUGUGGAUAAUGACAUCGACAAAAAUCAUGUAACUGUGAUUUUCACAGCCGUCAUUGUCGAUCGAAAGUCAUCGCCAACGACGACUUCGGAUUCGAUACCUCUUUCUCUUUAUACAAAUCUUUCUUUUCGUAUUAUCUUUUCUGAGAUUCGUGGAUCGUGCUACUUGUUGUAUCCAUACGAGUUUAUAGCUGUAAAAGAAGAAAAGAAAUUAUGAUUAAAAAGUGAUCAAUUGUAUGAUUUAGCAAAAAUAUAAACAUAAUAAUAUAAUUUA